AUGGAAUAUAAACUGGAGUUAAUGGUGCUUCUUGUUUUGACCACAACAGCCUUGUCCGUUGCCCAGAGCAGUGAGGAAGUUACAGAAGCAGUGGCAUAUUUAAGGAAGUAUGGCUAUCUGCACGUUUCUCUGGACGGUAAAAGCCAAAACUAUCAACCUGAGGAAAUAGUGGAAGCUCUAAGAAUCUUUCAGAGAGCAACUAAUCUGAAAAUAUCAGGAAAACUUGACUCAGCUACACUGGAAAUGAUGAGCAAACCUCGAUGUGGUCUAGAAGACCCUUUCAGUAACAAAUCUUUCAAAUAUCGAAUCGUGGGUCAGUGGCGUAAGAAGAUGCUGACUUACCGCAUCUAUAAUUACACCCCUCACUUGGGACAGGCAAAGACUCGUCUGGCCAUCCAGAAUGCUUUUAGGUAUUGGAGUGAUGUGUCACCGUUAAGGUUCAAGGAGGUGCAGCGAGGAACAGCAGACAUCAAAAUCUCCUUUCACAGAAAAGAUAAGACGUGUCCAAUUGCCUUUGAUGGGCGAGGCCGUGUAUUAGCCCACGCUGAUGCACCUGAGUCAGGCAUUGUGCAUUUUGACGAGGAUGAACUGUGGACAGAAGGGAAGAGUUAUGGCUCCAACCUAAGGAUUGUGGCAGCACACGAGAUCGGCCACGCGCUCGGCCUGGGACACUCAAGGAUCUACAGCGCACUGAUGGGACCUGUAUACAACGGAUACAGCUCCAACUUCAAGCUGCAUCCAGAUGAUAUACGAGGCAUCCAGGCUAUUUACGGAAAGCCAGAAAAUACUCCUCCAUCCAGAAAUCCAAGCCAGUCAGCAGAAGGAGGAGCUGCUCCAGAUCCUUGCAAAGCCACUCUGGAUGCAGUUAUGUUGGGUCCUUUAACUAAGACGUAUGUUUUCAGUGGCCAGUAUGUGUGGACGUUGUCCAGCUCCGGCUACAACACUCCCAUCCGGAUCUCUGCUCUGUGGAAGGAGCUGCCAGCGAGUCUUGAUGCAGCUGUUCACUCUCCACGGACUGGAAAGUCUUAUUUUCUGAAAGACGACAAAUUAUGGAGAUAUACAGGAUUCAAACUUGACAGCAGCUUCCCCAAACGUCUGACCAAUAUCCCCGCCAAUAUUGACUCAGCCUUGUACUUCAACAAGAACAAAAAACUGAUCUUUUUCAAGGGCUCUGGAUACUGGCAGUGGGAUGAAAUUGGGCCAACAGACUUCAGUUCAUAUCCCAAAUCUGUUGAGAAACUCUUCUAUGGGGUACCCAGCAAUACCGAUGCUGCACUGACAUGGACAAAUGGUCAUAUAUAUGUGUUCAAAGGCAGCCAGUACUGGAGAGUAAACCAGCAGCACCAAGCAGUGGAGAAGGCCUAUCCUCUAGACAUCGCCUCGCACUGGAUGCAGUGUGACGACUGA